UGAACCUGAACUCAGCCGCACGCGCUCUCCAGUCAUGCCUCUCGGAGCCUUUUACCUGUGAGAGACUUUUUCAGCUACGCCUCAGUAUUUUCUACAGGACUCUCAGCCUCCACAGGUGUUAGUGAACGGGCCGAGAGAACAACUGAGGAACAAACUGUAUCCUCUCUGCUCCUUCGUCCAAGAUGUUCAGAGCACCUAUUAUCACCGUCUGUGUUGCGUUUCUACUGAUUUGUAGCAGUGAGGCUAAGCCAAAUGGAAAGAACAAGAAGGCAAAACAAGUUGUGCCAGAUAUAGAGUGUGAUGUGAGGGCAGGAAAAAUCAGCUACCCCGAGUUUAUCGUUAGGUGUCCUGCUAGCUGCCGGGAGACCAUGCAAAGGGUGUAUGGGACAGGCGUCUUUGCCUCCAUAUCCAGCAUUUGCAACGCUGCCAUCCACAGUGGGGUCAUCACCAAUGCUGGAGGGAAGGUGAUUGUGAAGAAGAUGGCAGGUCAGUCGGAUUAUAAGGGUAGUGCCGCUAAUGGCGUAAGGUCACUCUCCCUUCCCAACUGGAGAGAGUCUUUCACUGUUGAAGUGGGCAAACCAAAGAAAGGUGUGAUCUACCCCUCUACCCUGGACUAUACUCCUUCAAAACCCAUCACAGUGAAAACAAGUCAGAAGGAAGCCAAAGCCUCGCCAGUCUCCACCGCACUUCCAGUCACAGCAGCCCUUGAGCCAAUCACAACAACCUUGCCGGAGCCAACCACCAUCUCCACCACCACAACCACCACAACUCCACCUCCCACAACUCCUGCGCCCACGCCCUCCACCACCACAACCAAGCCUCGAGCUGCUGUCCAUAAAGUCCGAGAUGCAGGCAGCAGUCACCCAUACUUUGCCUCUGUGGCUGCAGCAGCCAGUGCAAGGCAGUCACAGAAUGGCCAAGGAAAGGGUCUUCCUCAAGCAUUCAGAGGUGGUCCUGCCCACGCCAGUAGAUACUCACCCCGCAUCAAUCCAGGUGUACGCAGGCCGGAGGCAGGUGCCACAAUCAGGAGACAGCCCUCAGCACCUUCCUCUCCAGCUUUCAAUCGAGUUCAGCUGGUCCAGCCUGAGAGGAACCAGCACACAGUCCACUCUAAUCCUAACUUUGCUAGGAGAGAAUGGCCAAACCCUGCACACGGUCGACCCGAUUGGUUGUCUGGACCCAGGAGAACAUCAGAUAUUAGUAACUCUGAGCCAGACAGGGGCUACACGUGGACUGAGGUGGACACUGGCAAUUCUGCAGCUCCAGACCCAAGGCCAGAUAUUUCAGAGUAUGAGCGCUGGUAUUAUAACUUUGGACAGUACCCUCCUCGGCCAGCAGAAGCGGACACUAGCCGCAAACUCCUCCCUGAAACUGGACACACCAGAGUGGAGCCGGUGGAGGUGUGGAAGCCAGAAGCAAACCCUUUCGACUCAGGGUUCAACCCCCGAGAGCAGGACUCCUUACCCAGAGCCCCAGAGCCUGUGUCUCAGGGAGACCCGAACUGUAAAGUUGACAUUGCCUUCCUCAUGGAUGGCAGCUGGAGCAUUGGGAAGCGACGCUUUAAGAUCCAGAAGGACUUCCUGGCCGAGGUUUCCCAGGUCAUCAACGUAGGUGUGGCUGGACCGAUGAUGGGCAUCAUCCAAUAUGGGGACGACCCAGUGACAGAGUUCAGCCUGCAGCAGUAUUCUAGCUCCAAAGACCUGAAGCCUGCCAUCGAUAAGAUCGUCCAGAAAGGAGGACUCUCAAACGUGGGGAAGGCCCUCUCUUACCUCAACAAGCACUACUUCAGCGAUGCCAACGGCAACCGAGGGGGGGCACCCAAUGUAGCCGUGGUCUUGGUAGACGGCUGGCCCACUGACAAGGUGGAGGAGGCGUCACGACUGGCGAGGGAGUCGGGCAUCAACAUCUUCUUUGUUACCAUCGAGGGUCCUGACGAUAAUGAGAAGCACAAUGUAGUGGAGGCCAACUUUGUGGACAAGGCUGUGUGCAGGACCAAUGGUUUCUUCUCUCUGCCCGUGGCCAGCUGGUUCGCCCUGCGCAAGGCCGUGCAGCCGCUGGUGAAGCGCGUGUGCGACACGGACCGGCUGGUGUGCAGCAAGACCUGCCUGAAUGCCAACGACAUCGCUUUCGUCAUCGACGGCUCCAGCAGCGUGGGCACGGGCAACUUCCGCACAGUGCUGCAGUUUGUGGCCAACGUCACACGCGAGUUCGAGAUCUCUGACACAGACACACGCGUGGGUGCUGUGCAGUACACGUACGAGCAGCGGCUCGAGUUCGCCUUCGGCCAGCACAACACCAAGGCCGACCUGCUGAACGCAAUCAAGCGCAUCAAUUACUGGAGCGGCGGAACGAGCACAGGAGCUGCCAUCACGUACGCGGCCGAGCAGCUGUUCAGCAAGUCCAAACCCAACAAGCGCAAGAUCAUGAUCGUCAUCACAGACGGGCGUUCCUACGACGACGUGCGGGCCCCUGCUUUGGCAGUGCAUCGUUCAGGGGUCAUCGCCUACUCCAUCGGCAUCGCCUGGGCCGCCCAGGAUGAGCUGGAGUACAUCGCCACAGAUCCAGACAGAGAUCACUCCUUCUUCGUGGAUGAGUUUGAUAACCUCUACAAAUACGUGCCGAAGAUCAUCCACAACAUCUGCCAGGAGUUCAACUCUCAGCCACGGAACUAAGCAAGGACAACCAGGACGUUCGGUUAGACGGGGAGGGGAAUGGGAUUUGGUCAUGCGGUGCCAUCAGAAGAAAGCGCAGGAGAUAGAUUUUAUCACGGCAGUCAUAAUAGCAUUUACCUUUUUUUGAUCUAUACAGCCUUAUGUUUGGCUCGGAGGCCUUUGGGAUGCUUCCCAGAGGUUCUUUUUUCAGGUUGGAGCUUUUCUUCCGGCAAAGAAGUUUGGCAGGGGAUUGAAAGGCAAGCUUUGAUUUUAAAGCUUGCUAUUUAAAGGAAGCCGCGCAGAACGCAUGGCUCCACUGAGUGCAUGCUGAGUUAGGUGACGGAGAGGCUUGGCUGCUGUAUACCGUACAAC